AUGUUUUCACGACCUGUUCUCCCUUCACGUAGCUGGCCUGAAACUCCUCAGGGGAGCUCAGUUCGAGUACCGUCUUCAACUUCGGCGCAGGGGUACAUGCCCCAGAUGUUUGGCCCAUCCCAGAGCCACCCACCCCAUAACCCUUCACCCCCGUCCAACGCCAUGAACGAUCAGGUUGUUCAGAUUCUUGAAGCUUUGAACCACCGCAUCAUUUCUCUUGAACAGCAGUUGUGGGCGUCCCAGAACAGGCGGGCUGCUCAAAAGAAUGUACGCAACUCACCCGUGAGGACGUUCAUCGACCCUGAUUUUGGAGAACUCUUGAGCACGCACCGCAUCUUUGACGGAUGCCAAAGGGCAGGCGGCUCCCUCAGCCUUGUCGUCUCUGGGCAGCGUCCUCGGUUGGCGCCCGAGAGAGAGGUGCUGCUGAUGGUCCGAUCCGACGAGGAGGCCGAACAAGUCAGGAACGACGUCGGGAGGUUCAAGAAGAUGUUUGGUGAGAAGAGUUACUUCUACCCGGAAAGCUUCUACAUUACCCCUUCCGCCUUCUCUAAGGAUGACCUGACGCGAUUGUCGGUAAACGGGGGCGCCAAGUAUGACUACUGCGAGAUGUUUAAAGAUCCACGCACGCAACGAGAUGGAGUCUAUGGGGUUAGACCCUGGCCUAGCGCAUCUAGAAACAAACACGACCUAUCGAUGGCGCUAAAACCUGCUCCCGAAAGUGGGUCAUUUUCAUGCAACCUUGGGUAA